AUGUCUCUCAAAGCUCUAACUCUUCCAAAGUCUUUGUCCGACCCAGAUAAGUGGGACAAACUCGUUGACCAGUACAAAGAAUUCCGAUUGCUCUCACUGCAACUAUCCCCCGAGUCAUUCGGCUCAAACUAUGCGCGCGAAGCCGAAUUCACAAAGGAUAUAUGGGAAGCCCGUCUGAGCAACCCACUCGCAUCUAGUAUCAUUAUCAUCUCCGACCCAAAUCCAGGCUCAGUUGACGACCUCACGCUGAUUCUGAACCAACCAUGGCAAGCAUCGCUUAUUCUGUAUGGCCCACUCGAAGCCAAGACAGCGGCUAAAACAUGGGAAGAUCUACAGAAGUUCGAACCCGGAAACACUUAUUUUGGUCCGAUUGCGGAUGAGAUCGAGUCUGCUUACGUCCUCAAUGCGAUUUACGUUCCUCCGUCUCAGAGGCGCAAGGGCUUGGCGAACAAGCUGAUCGAGUACGCCAAGGAAGUCGCAGUCAGACAAAAUGAGGGCAAAAAGGUUAUGCUGGUUCUUCUGGUCAAUUUCAACUCUGUCGCGGCUAUGAAAUGCUACGAGAAGUCGGGAUUUGAAAUCGUGCACGAUUACUGGUUCGAUGAUCCAAAUGCUUCUGGAACAACUCGAGGUCAUGCAGCUGUGAUGAGAUUGGAUGUCGGCGGGAAUGAUUCUUGA